CGAGAAACCAAUUCGAUCAACUUUAGAAGGAAUUCCCAGUCAGAAGCAAGAGGACGCAAAUUAAGUCUGCUGAUUCUUGUAAAAAAAAAUCAUGAGCACCGGCAGUACUAAGACGCAAUACGUCGCUGCGGCAGCAGCAACGUUGGGUGCGAUGUCGCUGGGCUCCGUCCUUGGGUGGUCGUCGCCGGCGCAGAUUCCUGUAGUGGCAGGCGACGUUUACCACUUUUCAGUGAGCCCCGCGGAGUUUUCGUGGGUCAGUUCGGUGGUGACGCUCGGCGCCGCGCUCUCGUGCAUGCCUGCCGGUUUUUUGGUCGACUGGAUCGGCCGCAAGUACACGAUGCUCUUCAUCUCCAUCCCGUUCGUGAUUGGUUGGGCGUUCAUUAUUUGGCCGGCAGCCGUGGGAAUGUUGAUCGCAGGCCGACUGAUCACUGGUUUCUGCGGUGGCCUCUUCAGUGUGGCCUCGCCUAUGUACAUCUCAGAAAUCUCGGACAUUAAAAUCCGCGGCCUCCUCAGUUCAUUCUUUCAGCUGAUGGUCGUCAUUGGUAUUCUCUUCAGCUACAUCAUUGGCGCCUUCGCGCCCAUUUUUUGGCUCUCUGUCGCUUGUGGACUUUUGCCGAUUGUGUUCGCCGUUUGCUUCUUUUUCAUGCCGGAAACGCCACAGUAUCUUCUGCGAAGGAACAAAGACGAGGAGGCUGCGAAGGCCCUGCAGUGGUUCCGCGGCUCCAAAUGCGACAUCAAAAACGAACUCGAUGACAUGAAAGAUGCAGUGGAGGAAGCUAAGAAGAACACGAUUUCGUUCUUUGAAAUGUUCCGAAAUCGCAUUGCCGUCAAGGGAAUCUUGCUUUUGCUGGGACUGUUCGCAAUGCAGCAACUUUCGGGCAUCAACGCCGUACUUUUCUAUGCAAACAGCAUCUUCCUGGACGCAGGCUCAACCCUCGAUCCCAAUAUCAACUCCAUUAUCAUUGGUGCCGUGCAGGUCGCGGCCACCAUUCCCGCCUCUCUCGUUGUUGACCGACUUGGAAGAAAAUUGCUGUUGCUCAUCUCCUCCACUGCCAUGGGAAUUUUCAUCGUCAUCCUUGGCUUUUAUUUCUUUUUCAAGGAUGAUCUCGUGGAUCAGGGUUGGUUGCCAGUGACUACGUUGGUGCUGUACAUCAUCUUCUUCUCGUUCGGCGCCGGCCCCGUCGUGUGGGUCAUGGCGGCCGAGAUUUUCGCGCCUCAGGUCAAAGGACCCGCAAGUGCGUUGGGCGCAACUUUCAGCUGGACCCUGGGCUUCAUCGUCACGCUUUUCUACGCCGACCUGGUCGCGGCCGUGCAGAACUACACCACCUUCUGGAUCUUUGGCGUUUGCUGUUUCAUUGGCGCCGCCUUCAUCCUCUUCUUCCUGCCGGAAACCAAGGGCAAGACCAACCAGCAGAUCCUCCGCGAACUUGUUUGGAGGAAAAGAAUCAUGAGCUCAGGCAGUACUAAGACGCAGUAUGUUGCAGCGGCAGCAGCAACGUUGGGUGCAAUGUCGCUGGGCGCCGUCCUCGGGUGGUCGUCGCCGGCACAGACACCUGUAUUAGAAGGCGACGUUUACAACAAUUUCCCAGUGAGCCCCGCCGAGUUUUCGUGGGUCAGUUCGGUGGUGUCACUUGGCGCCGCGCUCUCAUGCAUGCCCGCCGGAUUUUUGGUCGACUGGAUCGGCCGCAAGUACACGAUGCUCUUCAUGUCCAUCCCGUUCGUGAUUGGUUGGGCGUUCAUUAUUUGGCCGGCAGCCGUGGGAAUGUUGAUCGCAGGCCGACUGAUCACUGGUUUCUGCGGCGGCCUUUUCUGCGUGGCCUCACCAAUGUACAUUGCAGAAAUCUCGGACAUUAAAAUUCGCGGUCUCCUCAGUUCCUUCUUCCAGCUGAUGGUCGUCAUUGGCAUUCUCUUCAGCUACAUCAUCGGCGCCUUUGCGCCCAUUUUUUGGCUUUCAGUCGCGUGUGGACUUUUGCCGAUCGUGUUCGCCGUUUGCUUCUUUUUCAUGCCAGAAACGCCACAGUAUCUUCUGCGGAGGAACAAAGACGAGGAGGCUGCAAAGGCCCUGCAGUGGUUCCGCGGCUCUAAAUGCGACAUCAAAAACGAGCUCGACGACAUGAAAGAUGCAGUGGAGGAAGCAAAGAAGAAUACGAUUUCCUUCAUUCAAAUGUUCCGGAACCGAAUCGCAGUCAAGGGAAUCCUGCUUCUGUUUGGCCUGUUUGCAAUGCAGCAACUCUCAGGCAUCAACGCCGUACUUUUCUACGCGAACAGCAUCUUUGUGGACGCAGGCUCGACCCUCGACCCCAAUAUCAACUCCAUUAUCAUUGGUGCUGUCCAGGUCGCGGCCACCAUUCCUGCCUCUCUCGUUGUUGACCGACUCGGAAGAAAAUUGCUGCUGCUCGUCUCCUCCACUGCUAUGGGAAUUUUCAUCAUCAUCCUUGGCUUUUACUUCUUUUUCAAAGAGGACCUUGUCGAUCAGGACUGGCUGCCAGUGACUACGUUGGUGCUGUACAUCAUCUUCUUCUCGUUCGGCGCCGGCCCCGUCGUGUGGGUGGUGGCGGCCGAAAUUUUCGCGCCGCAGGUCAAAGGGCCCGCGAGUGCGUUGGGCGCCACUUCUAACUGGACGCUGGCCUUCCUCGUCACGCUAUUCUACGCCGAUCUGGUCGCGGCCGUGCAAAACUACACCACCUUCUGGAUCUUUGGCGUUUGCUGCUUCCUCGGCGCCGCCUUCAUCCUCUUUUUCCUGCCGGAAACAAAGGGCAAGACCAACCAGCAAAUUCUCCGGGAACUUGGAGCAAAAGAUUAAAAACAAAAUAGCAACAGUUACAUUACCAAUACCAAUUAUAAGCAAUAUGGUUCCUAUUUAUUGUUUAUUAUUUUAUAAUUGAACUUAAGCAUCAAUUAAAAGAUAUUCAAGAGAAAAUUUUGUUUCCUUGGUUCAAAGUCGCAUUUUCGUUAAGAUUCAAAGUAAAUUUUAAACAAUGUGAUUGCAAAUUUGGCAGCUAUUUAGAUUGUAAGCGUAAAAUUUAUUUUUAAGAUUUUUUAGAUGUUUGAAAGGCAAUAAUUUGCAACUAGGUGAUCCAAUAUUAAUGUCUAGAAGCAGUAUUUUUGACUGAAUUAAAAAAAAUCAAUUUAGUCCUUGUCAUUUUGGGCGCCACAGUAAAAUAAACAG